AUGAGGAGCUUUCAGAAGCUGAUACUAAGGAGAAAGCACACCUUUCCUUUAUGGACUACGCACGAUCUUCUCCGCUCCGGGCUCCCAGCGAGAGGCAGCGAGGCCACGAUACCGUACCGUGAUUUCAUUGAAUGGGUGGGAAUCGAAAAUCAGAAAUCCCAAAAUUUCUUUGCUUCUCAGAUGAGUUUAAGGGCCAGACAUUCCCUGCCAACUACUGCGCCAUUCCAACAGCUAUUGUCACAUUGUAUCGCUCGGUGGUUGCUGGUAGACUAUAAGCUCAACUAUUACCCCUACUACAAUUUAAAUGUCGUAUUGUUGCACACUGAUUUCCACCGUUCACUUUCCAUUGCAAGAACACUUUUAGAGUAUUUCCGGUCCACGAUUAGCCCCGGCUUGUUCGACAGAGUCACCGUUUUUCUUGUACCGUUACAUGAUGAUUCAAGACGCAAGCUCAUCCCUGACACCAAGAUAAAAAUCGUAGACCACAGUCUGUUUUCCACGGAACCGGACUUCCUUGUUGACGAUCCUGCACACAUUUUGAUGGUCGACGACAUUAUGCGAAAUCUUUCGCAAGAUUUGAUCGUCAGGAGAGGCAAUGAAUGGCACCAGGGUUUCGUUGACAUAGCGACAGACGGAAGCCGCAAUAUGAGGCUUGAAAUGGACAUGGAUUAUUGGUGCAAUAAGACGUUCAGAUUAUUGGAAGGACAUUUGAACGGUGCAGCCGGCGACGAAGCCUUCAUCCCGACAAAAUUGGUGCAACUUCUGCAUAUUCUAAAACUCUGUGUUCCGGAUCACAGAUUGCUCGCCAUCGACUACUGUGCAACGUACCGACCAAGCUUAGUGGACCGGCUUAAAGGAUUGUGUGGGUAUAAAAUGCAAGACUAUCACAUGAGUCAAAGAAUUGGGCCGGUCAACCCACUACACUCUUGGGAGCCAUCUUCGUUUCUCUGCGACUUCAAUCUUGUAAAACAACUGUAUGCUUCCGUUAAUGAAGGAAUGAAGACGUGUCGAAACGACCCGCUAGAGACAUUUGUCGAGAGUUGGAGCGAUCUAGACGAGAGCAAGAAAAGCAUGGACUGGAAUGAGGUGUUAAGUCAGUCGGAAAGCCUAGGACAGAGUCCACUGAGUGUUUUACAUGGUUGA